UUUUCCUUUUCAAUUUUUCACAAUCAACUCAUAUUUCAAUUUCCUCUGUUUGUGUUUGUGUUUUUUUCACUUUUUUCUUACUUCAAAAUGGCGUACUCAAAGGUGAUUAUUGCGCUAAUGUUGGCAUUUAUCGCUGGAUCUGCUUUCGCACAGGCACCGGGAACAUCUCCGGCAGCUUCUCCGAAGAUUUCACCGGCACCGGUAGCAUCACCACCGGUGGCGACUCCACCACCUAUCGUUGCCCCUGCAAAUCCUCCUCCUACUGCAUCUCCUCCAUCUGAUUCUCCAUUGGCAUCUCCACCAGCUCCACUAACUGCCGAGACUCCGGCAUCGUCUCCUUCCGGUGCUGCUUCUCCUCCCUCUAUCGCCGCCGCUCCCGGAGGUUCUCCUACUGAAUCUCCUAACUCUGCUUCCUUGAACAGAAUCGCCGUUGCCGGAUCUGCUGUUGUAGCCGUCUUUUCUGCUGCUUUGAUGCUCUAAAUUUCUUAUAUGUGAAAUAUUUUGCAUUUUUUUCAUUCGCCGAAAUUGAUGGAGUUAGUGUAGUUGAUUUAUUUGUAUUAUAUUGUUAUUAUUGAAUACUAUCACGGAAUUCUUUAUUUA